GUGGAGCAGAACCAGAUGAAACUUGGAGGAGCUAUGGCUCUUGGUCGUCAUGGAGGAUGGUGGUCAGCCUGACCAACAAGAUGGAAGCUCACGAGAAGGACAACGACGCUCCUGGGGAUGGACUGAUCAAUCAUGGUCAGCUCGAGAUUGGCGUCAGCAACAGGUGGGCACACCGCCGUUUGUGGGUCUUAGCAGUGAGGAGGUGGCACAAGCAGACGGAUGUUCCUGUCUUCAAGCGUGCCGAGAAACUCUUGCGGACGUUUGGAUGGGACAUGCAAGCAGACUUUGAACACCUCUCCGAGCAGACUCUUUCCUCGGAUGGGUACUUGGACACCAUCAUUGCCGUGAUCAACUCAAAGGCUGGUGUCAGAGAAGAAGAUGACAAAAGGCGUGCCUACAAGCAGGCCAUUGCCGACAACCAGAGGCAUAGGGAUGAAACUUUGGCACAAUACUCAGUGCGUCGCAUGAAGGACUUCCAGGCGGCGGCCAACUUUGGUGUGGUGAUUCCAGAUGCCUUGAAGGCAAUGCUGAUGCGCGAAGGAGCCGCGCUCACGGAGCAGAGCCAGCAGAACCUGAUGGCCUUGCUGCAGUCCAAUGAGGAUAGCCCUGAAGCCGUUGCCAAGGCACUUGCACGUCUUGAUGUGAGACAUGAUCGCAUCAGUGGCUAUGUGAAUGGGGAACAUGGCGACGAGACAGCAGAGACCUAUGUGACUCAGAAUGACGACACGUCUGACGAUGACGACGCGGCUGAUGAGCAGGCAGUGAUAAAGGAGCUCGAGCCCCUUGAUCUCACAGAGGACCAGGUCACUGAGGUCUUUGCCGUCUUGGAGCAGAGGCGCAGAACAUGGAGGCAGAACAAACUGUUCAAGGCCGAUGCCAAGAAGGAUCGUGGCUCCUUCAGCAAGGAUGGCCAGUUUGGACAUCCACGUGGACAAGCUGGUGGAGUUCCUGGGAAGUCUGCACCACGUCCACGCCUCAACAAAGAGCAGCUCAAGAAGAUUUCCAGAUGUCGCUUGUGCACUAAGCGCGGGCAUUGGGCAGAAGACUGCGCAUUGAAGAAGAAGGCGGCACCGACUGCUUUUUCCUACUGUGGCAAUGCGAGCUCUGCGAGUUCCGCCUUUUCCUAUGUGACUCUGGCCGAUGUCAGAGCAGCUGUUCAGGUGGUGAUGUCACCAAGUGAGGUGAUGGACAGGUGGGCGUUUCUAGCGCUUCCUGGAGGGGAAGCGAUCUUGGACAUUGGCGCCACUCAGGACUUGAUUGGCACAGCAGCGAUGAAGGAACUCACCGAGAUCUUAGCUGGAUCCGGCCUUCGCCCUCUGAAGGUUGACAAGCCAGCGGUUACUCCGUCUGGCAUUGGUGGCUCCGCUCGAGCCACAGGAGUGAUGCUGCUUCCGAUAUCUCCUGGAGGCAUUCCUGGAGUGCUUGAGAUCACAGUGCUGGAGGGAAACAUCCCGCCGCUGCUUUCAGUUGGCUUUCUGGAGUUUCUUCAAGCCAACAUAGACUUGGAGAGAGAUGAGAUCGACUUCAGAAAGAUUGGACUCAAGCUGCCCAUGAAGAAGCUGCCGUCCGGACACCGCACUAUCCCUUUGGUUCAGUGGGAUGGGAAGAAAUUUCCAGUUCCUUUGGACGUCCAGAAGAAAUAUGGAUUGUCUGAGGAUGCGUUCAACCUAGACAGCAAGGCACAGUCAAAUUGGUGUCGGCUGAUGCAGACCCUGGCAAUGGUGUGGGAUGCAAGUCGCUUGAACUUCAUUCUGCUGGUCAAGGACCGCAUACCGCUCAAGGAGGAGUGCCAUGUCGUCCAAGGGGAGGGGCAAGAAUGCUCGAGCAGCGACCUCCUCGACAAUCAUGGAGGCGUACCCAACAGUUGCGGAUGCUGCCGCCUUGCCGCCAACGAACCCAGUCUUGCAAUCCGGGAGCUUGGAGGCAUCAGAGAUACUGCAGCAGACACUUCAGGCCUUCAACAUGCAGAACUCGCAACUGGGACAGAUGAUGACUCAGGUGCAAAGGUCAUUGCAGGAGCUCGCACAGGGCCAAGCUCAGAUGGUGAUGCUCAUGCGUCCAGCAUCAUCCCCGACCAGAUCAACUGGGUCCAACAUGGAGGAGGAUCGCUGGUCGGUGACCGAGCCAGAGAUGCCCAAUCCCAACAUCAUGCCGGACAUGUGAGAAAUUGGCCGACGUGGUUGCUGGCCGCUGGAGUAAUCACUACCUCAGCAUUGAUCACCUAUGACCAGUGCUCUGCCUCGAUGCAGGGCAACUUGCUUGCUGCGGGAAUGACAGAUGAGUGCUAUAUGUUUCAGUAUGACCUGGGCGGGGAUCCAGGAGAAGCCGACUGGUGCUGCCUUUGGAGAACAGUCAUUGACGCAGAGUCCGGAGAGAUCUUGGAGAAUAGCCCUGCUCCCAGUUGCCAAUUGGAAUUCACUGCACCAUUGGACUUGAGGGUGCGGCACUGGGGGCUUCCUAUGGACUUUAUCCGGCUAUGUUCCUUCUCCAACUUCUCCACGCCACCCCUUCGAAUGGAUUUAGAAGGGAAUCUCUCCGAGACUGGGACUCUUUGGACUUUUCCCACAGACAUCCUUUCCAAGGAGAACCUCUCAGCCGCGCAGCAUGAGCUACCAGAUGUUGGCUCUCCCUCAGACAUCAAGAGGUGUGGCGUGAAGUUGAGCCUCCUGACGCGGCAGAGCCAUGGCCAAGACCCUCGGCAACUGGAUUUCGCCGAGCUCUUCAGUCCCUCAAGGGUCACUCCAUAUGCGCAACGACUUGGGCUUCGAGUGGCAGAAGACAUGGUCUUUGAUCUUGCCUCAGGUUGGGAUGUUCGCAAGAAAGAAGCUCGCCAGAAGUUCCGCAAGUUUCAGAGGGAAAGAAAGCCCAAGACCCUGAUGUGCUCACCUGAGUGCAAGGCUUUCUCCUUACUGGGCAAUUUGAAUCACCACAAGAUGUCUCCUGGCAGAUUGGAGAGAGAUCUCGCUGAAGGGCAUCUCAUGUGGGACUAUAGCCUCGAAGCCAUCGAGGAGCAAUGCGGGCAGGGCGACUACUUUGGUCUAGAACAUCCCGGAGCAGCCACGUCAUGGAAAUUGCCUCAGACUCAGGCAGUCCUCCAGCGCCCAGAUGUGGCACUGAUGGCAUUCGACAUGUGUGCCUUUGGACUUUCUGUGGUGCCAUCUGGGGAGUUGUCACGCAAGAUCACGAAGAUCGCUACCAACAAUCCAUGGUUGGCACAUGAAUAUCCACCACAACUAUGCGAGUGCAUCGCCAGAAGUGCUCAAUCUGCAGCCCUCUGUCUUCCGGUUCCCUCUUUUCUCUCACAGGAGCCAACAGCCUUGGACUUUCACGGCUUCGGCGAGGAUGAGGCGGAAGCAGGUGAGGAAGUCGGAGAAGGAGGUGAGAGAAAUGCCAGGAGAAAGAGCGUGACAGACGCUCAGAAACGACUGGUUCAGAAGGUUCACACAAAUCUUGGUCACCCACCUCGAGAUCGUCUUUUGAGAGCCUUCAGAGCUGCUGGCGCUCUACCACAAGUCCUGGAGUACAUCCAAAAGGAGCAUCGAUGCGAAGAUUGCCAAAUGAAGCAUCGACCAGAUGUCCAUCGGAAAGCUCAGUUGCCUCGCACCUACUCCUUCAAUAAGAUAGUGGGAUUGGACUUCUUUUACAUCAAAUGGCGGGACUGCAACUUGGCCAUCAUGAACAUGAUUGACCUGGGCACGAGCUAUCAGAUUGCUGUGCGUGCCGAGAUUGCCGAGGGCACUGGUGGUGGAACUCCAACCUCUCAAACGGCAUGGCAGAUCUUCCUCACUACCUGGGUGAGGUAUUACGGAGCCCCUCAGAUGAUCAUCUGUGACGCUGGCAACGAGUUCAAAGGGGCCUUCGAACGUGGACUGGAAAACUUGGGCAUCUAUCAACAUGUGAUACAUCCUGAAUGUCCUUGGGAAAAUGGCCUCACAGAACGACACGGCGGUUGGCUGAAGGACCGACUUGAUCGGGAGAUCGCAAGUGGCCGCUCUGUGAUUCAAGAACUCCCAGACUUGGAUGAGCUUCUGAGCAGCCUGACGUCUUCCAAGAACAACUGGCUGAACAAGGGUGGCUACACUCCAUCGCAGUUGGUCUUCGGGCAAUUGACCCGCAUACCCGGAGAGCUCCUUGCGGAAGACGAUUUAGCUGCUCACGGACUACAGGAUGCCUUCUCAGACCCUAUGGAGGUUGAUGAAGCAGCCGGAGAAUAUCGGCGGAGGUUCAAGAUCCGAGAGCGAGCACGGCAACUAGCCCUUCAACAAGACAGCAAGGAGGCCAUGCAAGGAGCAACCAAAGCAGCAACUCACCAGAACCGAGUCUGGCUCCCAGGUCAGUGGGUCUAUGUCUUCCGAAGAGCCAGAGCCAAUCAAGAACUGCAUCUACGAGAUCGGUGGGUAGGCCCAGGAGUGGUGGUCCUCUCCAAUAACAACACCGUCUACGUCGGCAUGCGGUCCCGACUUUGGCGAUGCUCUGCUGAACAACUUCGGCCAGCUCUUCCCAGCGAGAUCAUGGGCAAGGACUUGGCGUCCGACCCAGGGUUGGCGACUCUUCUUCGGAAGGUCAUCUCUGGAACACGAUCCGGAGCAGUUGAUGUUGCCAAAGAAGGCGCACCUCCACCACACGCUCAUCUACGUGCUGUUGAACAUGCAGGUGAUGGAGUGCAAACCAGCGAUGAGUGGCUGCCUGGCGGCCCUAGACAUGCUCCUGAACCUCCUGUUCCUGUUCCCGAUGGGCUUCUCCCAACUGGAAGGACAUCCACAACGCCGCCUGACUGGCUGAUUCCAGAGACUCCAGUGCUCCCGACCGCAGACUCAAGAAGGCCAUCAACACAUGAGCCAGCGAGCGAGCCAGAUGAGACGCCCUUGCCACCACCGAGGCCACCGGAGACGCCUCCUGGACUUGGACUUGAGGCUAUUCCGGAAGAUGAGCCCACACCAGCACCAAUGCCGAUGGAGAGAACACCUUCUCCGCCAGCAGCUUCCACAGAGCCAAACGACUUGGAACCGCCUGUAGAACCUCCGCGGAAGAUGCCACGAACUGCUGAAGAUGUGGUUCAAGUGGAAUCCUCAUCAUCUGAUUCUUCGCCAUCUAGUCAUCCUGGAGAGAGAUCCUCCUCUUCCAGCGCAUUGCCAACUUCAUCGACUGCGCGGGCUCCUGGGACUCCAAUUCAACAUCUCAUGGAGCGGGUAGUUCGACCUCCUGGACUUACACCAAGUGAACUGCUUCCAGAACACGGGAGAGUCGCAACACAAGCCUCUGAGAUCGAACGCCUUCGACAAGCAUACGAUCAACUUGAGAGGCAGUCAGAAGAAGAAUUCUCCUCACAGGGAUGGAGUGGGAACUUCUACAACUACAACUUGGGAGACGAGGCGCUGCGGCUGGAGAAAGAUGGCUCUUGGACUUACAUGGCGAAACGCAAUGAUGAGAUCUCACUCAAGGAUCUUAACCAGAAGGAGCGAGAGCUCUUUGAAGAGUCAGACAAGAUCGAGUGGAAAGCCAUCCUUGAGACUGGGGCCGUUCGCGUCGUCACCGGCACAGAAGCCGCCAAGCUCAGGGCCCAAUUCCCAGACCGCAUCAUCAGCUCCAGAAUGGUGAGGCGCAAGAAGCCACUUCCAGAACUCCAUGCAUGGAAAGCCAAGUCAAGAUGGUGCAUUCAUGGCCAUAAAGACCCAGACACUGGCACUUUGGUCACCUAUGCCCCAACGCCUCAGAGCGAGGGGAUGAUGAUGUUCAUGCAGGUGGGGCUAAACUACAAGAUGAAGUUUGCCUUUUCCGAUGUCAGAAAUGCUUUCUGUCAGAGUGGACGUCUGCAACGUCCCAAGGGGCCUUUGUUUGCUGAGCCGUGCGAGGGUUUGGAUUUACCUCCUGGCUCACUCAUCAUCAUUGAUGUUCCUGUCUAUGGUUUAGACGAUGCUCCCGCCUCCUGGCGGCUGACUGUCUCCAGCUUCCUGACCGAGGACUUGGGGUUCGAGCGCAACAUUGUAGAACCCUGUUGGUAUUCCAAGUUUCAUUUGGAGACUGGAGAAUGCAUUGCUCAGAUUUUGGUAGAAGUGGAUGACUUCAUUGUCGCAGCAGUUCCAUCAUUUUACCAGGAACUUAAGCAGGCGAUGCAGAAACGUUUCAGUUUUGGGAAGUGGCAGGAAGACGAGGCAGAAUAUGCAGGCAGGCGGGUCAGGUGCAACACAGAUGAGAUCUUAGUUGACCAGUACAAGUACAUUCAAGAACAAAUUCAUCCUAUAUCCUUAGCAAAGGGGCGCCGACAGGCCAUGAACCAGUCACUCACCACAGAGGAGUUCAAUGCCCUGCGAUCCCUGAUUUACAAGAUCAAUUGGGUGGCCCGCGAGACCAGGCCAGAAGCGGCUGGUCUGGCAUCAAUCAUGGCCUCCAAGUUGAAAUUUGCCAAGGUUAGCGAUGUUCUGAUAGUCAACAAGUUUGUGAAUUUCCUUCGCACCACGGCCGAGCGACCUUUGAAGAUUUGGCGUUUUGAUCCUUCAUCCAUGUGUUUCAUUGUUUGUUCGGAUGCUGGAGGUAUAAAUGUCAAGGAGUUGGAACUGCUUGAUUCAGAAGGUCUGCCCACUGACGCCACUCAAGGUGCAUGGAUUGUUCUCACGGCAGAGAAACUGCCGUGCGGGAAGCAACAAGUCAGAGCUAGUCCCAUGGCAUGGAGGAGUAGCAAGCUCAAGCGCAAGGUGUUCUCAACCUAUGGGGGAGAGACGCAGGCGAUGCUGCAAGGUGUGAACGAGGUAGACUGGCUUCAAAUCAUGUACAGAGAUGCGACACUGCAUGAUGUUCAGCUGAAGAGUUGGAGAAGUUCACUGUCACCGCACAUGCUGGUGCUUCCAGGUGAGUGCGAACUCGGUGGUCGACAGCAGCAGUGCUCAGUGACAGACGCUAAGUCAUUGUAUGACUGCUUAUUGCGAGAACAUCCCACUGGGAAACAAGACCGAAAAUCUGCUUUAGAACUGGCGAUUGUGUUGAAAGAUCUACAGGAGACAAAGUCAAUGGUGCGGUGGGUACCACAUCAGAAGAUGGUGGUGGAUUGCCUCACCAAAGAAGAUCCUCUGAGAGCCAAUGAUGCGUUGAACCAGUUUCUUAGAUCAGGUCUUUUGAGCCUAGUGGAUGUAUCACAGGAACUUAAUUCGCGUAAGAACGAUCCCAGUUUCAAGCGUAGAAGUCAUGCAGCAAGCCGAAACCGACUGAUAGAAGAGUAUCAGUCGAACUUUGCACAGUGGAUUCAACCCUUGGUCAACUACAUUUGGGGGUGCUGUGUCAUGUCACCUGAAGGUUCCAUAUCAUCACUUGACCAAGGGAAUCCAACCUUUUGA